AUCGUCAGUGGGAGGAGAAUCGUUGAUAGUCUGGGGAUCGUCUUCACACUUGUGCUUUUACUCUUUAGUUGUUGACCUGCGCUUCAACCGGAUACUUCCAGAGGUUUUCUAAGAGUUGCCAUGGAGGCUUUACUGGACAUCAGCAGACGGGAAACAUGCAGGUUGGCCCUGCUUCUCCACCUCUUUGUCUUUAGUGCUGCAGCUCAAUGCCUCAGACCUGAAGUUGGAGAGAAUUGGAUUCUCACAGAAGAAACCCUCCUAAAAAAUGAUUUCCCAGAGGGUUCUGAGGCAACUUUAGAAUGUGACAAUGGAUAUGAAAAAGAAAGUGGCUCUGUGACCAUAAACUGCAUUAAUGGCAAAUGGAGCGAAUCCGACAUCGUCUGCAAGAAGAAGGACUGUGGCCCCCCUCCUCCAGAGCCGCACAUGACGUUUGAAUACAGUGAGGGUACUCUGUUUGGUUCAAAAGUUAGAACCUUGUGUGAAGAAGGGUACCGUAUUUCUGGAUCUAGCUUUAGACAUUGCUAUGCUUCUGGAUGGUUUGGAAGGGGAUCAUGUAACAUUGUUACUUGUCCCAAACCAACCGAAGUGGAAAAUGGAACAAUUUCUUGGAAAUCUGACAAAAAACCAGAAUAUGGUCAAAUUAUAAACUUCACUUGUAACCCAGGAUACAGGUUAAAUGGGAGUAAAAGCACUAUCUGCUCCAAAACCGGGAAAUAUGAUCCCUUGCCUCCAACAUGCAUUGGUGUGACCACAGAAGACAGUAUUACAACAAAAAUUAUUACAUCUUCUGCUGCAACAACAGAACAAGUUUCGACCUCCACUCCCAGACCCAAAACCAUCACAACUUUGGUAUCAAUGCGUAGCUCCACACAGAAACAAGAUAACAGAUCAUCGCUACCCAAGAGAACAGCUGGUACAACCAUUUUACCGUAUUCUACAUCCUCUGUUUAUAAAGGUAUAUAACCUUUCCUUUUAUUUCAUUAAGACACCUUCUAAAUUUCUUUUUAUUUCAAGAUGGUAAGCAAGUUUUGGUUU